AUGGACCAUCUGGAGGCCGAGGGUCCCGAGAGCGAUGGGAAGGAGUCACUUGGCAGACGUGCAUGUGACCAAUGUCGUUUGCGAAAGAUACGCUGCGACAAACGAUCCCCGUGCUCCAACUGUCGCAGUUCACAGAUUAUCUGCCAAUCGACCGGGGCAGGCCAGAAGCCUCAAGAGCCGCGGAAGCGGGUCUUGAUCUCUAGUCAGUAUGAAAGGAAGAUCGAUCUGAUCGAAGAGCGCCUGGGGAGCAUUGAGGACCUGCUCCGCCAACUUCGGUCGAACACAGCGACGACCAGCAGUGUCCCGGAGCCAUACUACCACUCCACGCCCAUGUCCAGCCGCAUGAGCCCCUCUGUCCCCGGCCAUGCGUCGAGUGGUCCGGCUCCCGUGGAGGACCCCGAGGCGACCCCCGCUUUCGAGGGCAACUCGUCUCUCGCCGCGCACUCCGCCUACGCCAGCGAGUUUCUGGAGACGGCCGUCUCGCGCAGCGCGCUGCAGGUGUCGUCGCCGACCAUCCAGGCGGCGCUUUCGACCUUGAAGCAGAUGGUCAGCAUGCAGGACCACCAGGCGCACUCGCCGGCCCGCGAGAUCCGCUUCCCCAACCAGAAGAGCAUCCUGGGGUCCGGGAUCCGAGACCUGGCCAUGCCGCCCGUGCAGGUGGUCCUGUCGCUUCUCCGGAAGUUCAAAGAGAAACCCAACAUUCUGCAGGGGGUCUGUCCGUUCCUCACGUGCGAGCGACUCAUCGAGAAAUGUCGGGAGGUCUACUUUGCCACCGAGGAGUUCUCGGACGCGGCGUUCAUCGUCGUCCACGGAGGUCUCUAUUAUGUGAUCAGUGACUGCAUCUCCUCCGUCGAGGACCCGAAGACGCGAGACGAGUACCAGCGGUAUCUCCGGCUCUGUCAAACCAAUAUAGAAACGGCGCUGGCCAACUUGAGUAUCUGUAUGCCGGCCAGAGCGGAAUAUAUCGAAGCUCUUGCGUUGGGGGCUCUCUAUGCGAUCGAGAUGUCGAAGCCGUCGUUCGCUCUGACAUUGACCUCUACGGCAGCCCGACUAUGUCAGACUUUGGGGUACCAUCGAGCUUCAUCAACCGAUCCCGAAAGUGACAUUUUCAGAGGACGCCAAUUGUUUUGGACGGUUUAUGCCCUCGACAAAGCGAUAUCUUUACGCCUUGGGCGGGCGUCAACAAUCCAAGACUAUGAUAUUACCAUGCCGGGGCCGAACGACGUCAUUGGAGCAGAGGAGCCCUGGAAUAGCGUUUUCCAGAUAUGGAUUAAAUUCGCCACCAUCCAAGGCCAAGUGUACGAGCGAUUAUACAGCCCCGCGGCAUUGUCGCAGCCGGAGGACGAGAGAGCCGAGCAUGCCCGUCAGCUGGCUGCUCAAGUGAUGGAGACUAUUGAUGCACCAUUUGAUCACAUCAUGAACACUCAGAAGCUAUCCCAUAUGGACGAGAUCUACAUGAUAUCGGACAAGAUUGCCCGAAAGUCGGUGAUGACCCUAAUAUAUCGAGCGAUUCCUCCAUCGCGAGACUCGCAAAGCACAUUCGUCAAAGAAUGCAUCACGACGGCUCGGGAGGCACUCGAACUACUGAAAGAGACCAUGAUCGAGGUCAAGGGAAUGACUGAGAAUUUCAAGGCGUCUUAUCUCCACUGGACGGUUCUCUACGCUCCCUUCGUGCCGUUUGUGGUGUUAUUCUGCCACACAAUAGCGACGUCCUCGUGGGAGGACCUGAACCGUCUGGAGGAGUUUGUGCUCUGCGUGCAGCCGAACUGUUUUCUUUCGGAGGCCAUCGCCAAGCUAUACCGCCUGUGCCAGGUGCUCAGUAAUGUCGCAAGGCUGUACAUUGAGGCCAAAGCACAGGCGCAGGCACGAGAGGAUCAAAACCUUGUGUCUGUUGGGCAGGAGUUCGAUACCUAUCUAACUGCGCUGGGUCUUGCACCUGCAUCGAAUCAAGAGGGCGGGGCCGUGUGGACGUCGGCGCCUUCCACGGCGGGAGCCGGAGCUGUAUCCGGGGUCAUGAGGUCUGGGAAUGGGGGGCCCUACACUGAAGCUCCUAUGCCACCGACUGAUCAACUGGGGAAUUGGUUCUCGGGCAAUCAGCAUAUGAUGGGGCUACUGGAAGAGGAUCUCUCUGUUUUUGAUCCUUCGUGGACAGGAUGA